UUGCUUAUGACUCGUGAUACCACAAAAAGCCAAUACAUUAAUUUUAUUAUUUUAUGUUACUCAAUUCUAAUGUACAUGUAUUUCAUUUUCAUAUACUGACAUGCAUGGUGUGUUACUCAGCACUGUAUGGAUGGUAGUGAAAACACACUCUUUUAUGGGUGUUUCAUGUUACACUUCAGCCCUGUCAUGAUGUAUAGUAUAGUUUUUAGUACCCUCCUUUUAUAAUUAGUUUGAGCAUAUGUGAUGGGUCAUUAGAUUUGUUUUCCUCUUUUUUUGGGGAAUAUGUGCUGUCUUCCUUUUCCACUGCAGUGAUAAUGGUUUAUCCAUUGAAUUCUUUGAUUCAAAGGUAAUUGGUUUGGAGUACUCAAAGGGACUAGAAGUGCAACUUUUUUUGUUAUGUCAAUAUUGCAUCAGUUUGAAUCCUGAUUAUCUGAAACCCAAUUUUAUGCAACAACCAUUUUUGGGGAUGAUGACAUUCAAUGGACCUCAGUGUUUGCAUUAUAACAGGGUCAUAUUGUAUUUAUUAUAUCAUGAAGUGCUGAAGUACAUGAGUGUUGAAUAUUUUAAAUCCACAUUGCAUUGGUUAAGUGGAGCAUGCAUGUCUAACAUGAUGUAUACAUUAUCUAUUCUACUGCUGCAUCUUUCUAUUGCUGUAGAUCCCUUUUAAGAGAACCUGUUUGCUUUCACCUGGAAAAUAUGUAGACUAUAUGUAAAUGAUAUAUGUCUAGAAAACUGUCAUUAAGUGGGGACCAUGAGCAUAUGUCUAGAAAAUGUGUACCUGUUGGGAACUGGGUUCCAUGAGCAUCACAAUAUUCACUUGUAGUGAGAUAUUCCGGGUGGUGAAAAUGGACUAAGCGUGUAGUUUACUUGUUCCCCUUGAUAAGGAAGGCCAAACUUUUUGUGUAACAUUUUAUUAUGCAACUGGGGCAUUCCAAAACAUUUUCUUGAGAAAUAAUUUUCAUUUAUAUAGUAACAUCAUGAUGAUCUCCAGAAGUUUUCAAAUUUCAGAUUGAAUAUUCAAACACUUGGAAUAGUAAUUGUUGAAACUAUUUAAAACUCAGUCAUAGAUUGAGAGAUUGACUCUUUACUCAGAGUUAUUCAUCAGUAAAUUUAAUGUUCACACAUUUAAAAGUUUUAUCAGCAGUCAAUAGUUGAAUAUGUUUGAAGAAACUAACAGAGUGAGCUAUUGUGCUAUGCUUCUUUUCUACCUAGUAAUUUUUAAAAAAAUAUUAUUUCAAUGGCAUGCACUUAUCAGCAUCUAUAAAUUAUGUAGGGCAUAUUGGUACUAAGAUCCUUAGGAUUCCUUACAUAAAAAAUUUAAAAGAUUCAUUCUCAUGUUUCACCUGCACAAUGACCUUCCAGCUCUCGAUACACCGGUAGACCAGAGCACAGUUGCCACAGGUCCCCAGGCCUCUCAGCCAGAUAAUGGAACCCCUCCAACUGUCACUGCCACACCUACGUCAGCCUUGCCAGGGGUGGCCGGCCCGUCAAAAGCUACGGCAGCAGCACCACCUCGCGCCAAGCAGACGGUGAAGAAGGAGCCCGUUCGCGACAAAGCGUCAGGUUAUGUGGCACCAAAUGAGUUUGUGGUUCUUACUGAGCACAAUGAACACCAGUGUCCAAAAUCAGGAUGUGGCAAGAGCUUUCGCAAGGAAAAUUUGCUGCAGAUGCACAUCAAGCACUACCACCCAGAGAUCUUGAAGAAGAACAGCAGCUGGGCACCCAAUGUAGCUGACCUGGCCUAUGCCCGCACUGUAGGGGACCACCUUGACCUUACUGCCUCGCCCACGCACUCCUCUUCACCCGUUGAAAAGGUUCUGAAGGGGGAGUCUUUGUCCAAGAAGUCGUCACGGGCAGGUGCAUCAGGGAGCCCCGGUGACACCAAGCUCAAGAGCACAGAGAAGAAGGCAGCGGCAACACUGGGUGGAGCGUCCUCCCUGGCCACUACGCCUAAGCACCCCAAGGAGCCCAAGAAGAAGGAGCUGCUUAAGCAAGAGCCCGGCUUAGAAGGGAUUCCGAUAAAAUCUGAGGAUGAAUUGGAGGUGAAGGAGGAACUGGAUGACUACAUAGAUGAUCUAGAGGACGACUCUUCGCUCCGAGGCCUCGUCAAGACCCAGGACCCAGACUAUGACCCCCAUGAAGGUGUAGAUCAGACGCAGAAGAAGAAGAAGUCAAAGUCGAAAGUCGAUCCCAAAACUAGUAAGAAGAGGAAGUCAGUGCCCUCAGAGAGUAUGAGUGAAGAUGACCAGCAGGAGACCAAAGCAGUGACCAAAUACAGAUACAGCAAGCGGAAGGGGUCUUCAACUCCUAAAGUAACCAGCGCAGAAUCCUCUGGGUUUGAAGUUUAGGGGACCGACAGACACCCGGUUU